AGUUAUCCAAAUUCCAAAUCCAAAAUUCGAAAUACGUGGAAUAAAAUUUCCCCCAGUCUAAAUUUCAAAAUAAUUUCCCGCCAAAUUACGUGGGCCUGAAGCAAUUCUCUCUAAUCUCAUUCAUGGUUGCUUUGUGGAAUUUUUGAAGAUCGAUAGCCGUUUAGAUCUCUGUUAAACUGAACAUUUUUCUCAAUUUUUCUUCAAUUUCAUAACCGAAAAUUUCAGAAUCUGGCUCAAGCAAGAUGCCGACGACCUUCAUCGCCGUCCAGUGUUUCCAAUGCUUUACUAUGCAGGUGAAGCAGCAGAAGAAGAGUAGCAACAAAUGGACGUGCGUGGUGUGCAACGAAAAGCAAUCUGUACAGAAAGUGUUUGCUAAGGGGUUCAUGGCCAAGGACAUCCGCAAAUUCGUUCAGAAUUCGAAUAUUUCUCGCCAAUUAGUCGAGCAGAAAGAAGAAAAAUUGUUCGUACAGAACUACAAUGAAGAAGAAAAUGAACAAAUUGGAGAUAUUGGAAACCAGUCACCAAGCAAUGAGGGAAAAAAGAAGAAAAGGACUGAUUGGUCCGAGUAUGUUGAUUAUGAAGAAGACUCUGGAAAACUUGAGCCUACUGAAGUGGAUGGAUUUGAGCCCAUGAUUGUGACCGAGAUGCCAAAGGCUCUGUUCAAGAAGCCUAAACUGAAGAAUUAUUCUACUGAUGGAUCAGGCUUCAAAGACGGUGAAAAGCUUUUGAAACCAGUGUUUGCGAAAAGGCAAAGUACUGCCAAUUCUCGAGAUGUGGAACCAGUUGAAUUACAGGAAAUAACCAAUAGAGGGACUAUGAAGUUCCAGCCCUCAGAUACGGCUUCCAAAUGGAGUCGCUUCAAGGUGGAUAUUCAAGAAGACAGCCGCACUUUAGUAAAUGGGGUAUCAUCGCUUUACAAGCCAACAACAGCAAGCAAAGGAUCACUUCCAAAGCUGAGUACUAACAUUACACGAGAUUUUGAUGAAAAAUUUGCAUUCAGGGCAACACCUUUAAAUCCACACACAACAGCCAAGGGACCACUUUCAAAAUGGAGCAAUUACAUGACAGAAAAUGAUGAUGAAAACCUGCUGAUCAGAGAGGGAAAAGCCUCUCUCCACCAGUCAUCUAAUCAGUGGAAGAACGAUGAGUUUGAGACCUUGUUGAAUGAUCAAAGGGUAGAAGAGGACAUCCACCCAGAUUUCCUUUAGCUUCUGAAAAAACAUUGGCUUGCAAUUCUCAAUAAUAGGAUGUAAAGUUUUACAAAUCAAGUGACAAAUUCUCAUAUGUUCCAUUUUGUGUCAUUGCAGUCAAAUUUUAGGGGAUUGCUUCAAUUCUUUUCUGCAUCUAAUCCCAGUGAUUCUUGUGUAACUAUCCAACUAAGGUUCAAGAAAUGGAAAUUGUACUCUUUUAACA